AGUUUUCACAUUAAACAGGCUAUGUCUUUAAUACACUUUACACUUUUUUUCUGUCACAGCUCAUGCUUAACUGAUAAGUAGCUGAUACUAGUUGGAAAUAGAUAGUGUACUUCAUUAACAAAAGUAUGACAGAAUCAUAUAGCGUUAAUGGAAAAUCUUCAAGAAAAAUAACAUGGACCCGACAUAACUAUUAUAUGUUAUUCGGCGUCAUUUCAAUUUCAUUGAUAGCUAUUUGUAUAGGCCUAGCUGUAGGUAUUCCAUUGUCCUCAAGACGUUCGUCAGAUCCUGUUGUUCAAACCGUCCACAAUGUUCUACAACAAUAUCCCUUAAUUGACGGGUGAGUCAAAAAUAGCUUAGGUUAAUUUUGAUAAAAAAAUACAUUCUUUGUAGAUAUUUUCAUCAAGUUCACACGUUGUUUUGAUAAGCGUUCUCUCUUACUCAGUAAAAAAAGUAAACAAGAAAGAAAAUAAAUUCAGACCUUUUACAGAAAUUUUAUUUAGAAACUAUCACUCUUGCUUAGGAUUUGUUUCUACUAAAAGAUUGGUUAUAAUUUUGAAUCCAUUUUCAAAUUUUGUGAACGAUUUAAUAAAUAGGAAAAUGAUAACAAUGUAAAAUAUCUGCCAAUAUUUAUGAUUUUACCUAUAUAUUCUUUGUAUUGUCUAUUUGAAGACUAUCAAUAAGCCUAAAAAAAUAAACAACUCGUAUCUCAAAAACUAAACCGGACAGCACAAUUUCUUUUUAUAUCUUCUGGUAAAACAAACAAUAUGUGAACAAACAUAAAGAAAAAUCAAAUUAUUAUGUUUAUCGUUUAAUCGUUCCUCUAUCAAAUCUAAACGUAAUAUUUGCAUACGUUAUUUUUUUUUUUAUCCAGCCACCAUUUAUAUAAAAGAAAUAAAUUUAAGCUUUCUUCGCUAGACACAAUGAUUUACCAUGGCAAUACCGACAAUAUGCAAAGAACAAAGUGUAUGACGUUAAUCUACGAGAGGACACGAGAGUACAAUGGCCUGAUACGCUACCGAUGGACAACAUUGAUUUCCCUCGGAUAUCACCGGCAACUGAUAUCCCGAGACUAAAGAAGGGAAUGGUUGGUGCGCAGUUUUGGGCAUCUUUUGCAUCCUGCAGUUCAACAGGAAGAGAUGCAGUACGUAUUGGUAUGGAACAGGUUGAUGUCAUCCAUAAGAUAAUCAACAAAUAUGACGAUACGUUUGAGCUAGUGACAACUGCACAAGGAAUUUUAGAUGCAUACCUUAUAAGAAUAUAAGAUUGCAAGUUUAAUUGGGUUGGAAGGUGGUCACAUGAUCGGGAAUACACUUGGUAUACUGCGGUCGUAUUAUUCAUUGGGAGUUAGAUACAUGACUUUGACACACAGUUGUGACACUUCAUGGGCAGGUUUGUGGUCUGGGGUCAUAAGCAGUGAAGUGUCAUAUAUUAACACGAAUUAUGUAUUUUCGUGGCGGAUAACUGGUUGCGUGAUCAGAACAAGUCAGGAUCAAAACUUGGGCUAUCAGAUUUUGGAAAGAUAGUCAUUAAGGAGAUGAAUCGUCUUGGUAUGAUGGUAGAUUUGUCUCAUGUGUCAAAACAGACAAUGAUAGACGCUAUUGAGACAUCUAUUGCCCCAGUCAUAUUCAGCCAUUCAGCAGCAUUUGCAAAAUGUCAACACUAUCGAAAUGUUCAGGAUGAUGUAUUGAAGAUGGUGAAAGCAAAUAAUGGAAUUGUUAUGGUGAAUUUCUAUCCUCCAUACAUUAGUAAAGGAUGUCUACCUAGGAAUGCUACAGAGGCAUUACUGACACAUGUUACAGAUCAUAUCAACUAUAUUAAGGAUUUAAUUGGUAUUGAUUAUGUUGGUAUUGGUUCUGAUUUUGAUGGAAUACCAAGUUACACAACAGGCCUUGAAGAUGUAUCCAAAUAUCCAGAAUUGUUUACAGAAUUACAUCGACAGGGAUGGACUCCCGAUGAAUUACAAAAGCUGGCAGGCGAAAAUUUUAUCAGAGUAUUUAGAAAAGUUGAAAAGAUAAAACAACAGCUUAGAGAAAUCCAGCCUUAUGAGGAUGUUAUGCCCGAGAAUGAGGCAGUUCCUGAUCGAAAUUGUUAUACUUCUUUCUAACUCGAUCACAACUCAAUUUAGCUAUGUAUUAGAUAACAUUAGUUAUGUAUAUGUGAUUCCUAAUUGACAUUGUAUGUAUAAACAAAUUCAGCUAUGAUAAUUAUAAAUAUGUAGAACAGUAAUAUGUAGAUGGAAUAUUAAAUAUUGGAUACAUAUGUCAUUAACUGCGUUAAUGCGUUUGUGAAAGCAUAUGAAUGUCGACGUUUGGAAUAUCAUGUAAUAACUUUAAGGUAAUUACCAAUGUUUUAAACCUCGAAGUGGUAUAGAAAAUGGAAAGUUCGAAUAAAUAUCAAGAACAGGAAGAAAACAUUUAAAACUAUUCUAUCAAUUAAUACUGUAUUACUGACA